AUGGCUAUUGAGCUUCGAACUCAUAUUGACUACACUGUGGGAUGGGUUUGCGCGCUGCCUAAGGAAUUGAUUGCUGCAGCGGCAAUGCUCGAUGAAACACACCAAGACCUCCCCAGGCAACCUAAUGACCAUAAUUCUUAUACUCUCGGGCGUGUGGGGGUGCAUAAUGUUGUAGUGGCGUGUUUGCCAAAAGGCGAAAUCGGCAACAAUAAUGCAGCAACGGUCGCAGCUCGGAUGACCUCUACUUUCCCAUCGAUUAAAUUUGGCCUGAUGGUCGGUAUCGGUGGCGGAGUGCCAAAGUCUGUCAGGUUAGGUGAUGUGGUAGUCAGCACCCCCACAGACGAGUUUGGCGGAGUAGUACAGUGGGAUUUUGGCAAAGCUCAACAGGAGGGUAUUUUCAAACGCACAGGAGCAUUGAACCGUCCUCCUACGGAGCUACUCUCUGCGCUGACGAAAAUUGAGAAGGAGCAUACAAUGAAAGGUUCUAAGAUACCACAGUAUCUUAAGGACCUAGAGACCAACUGGCCCAGACUUGCGCCGAAGUACACCAGGUCUGAGUUAUUAAAAGAUGUCCUCUUUAAAGCAGAUUGCAAACAUAUUGAGAACAUCAACACUGAGGAGAGCCAAGAGAAAUAUGAUGAUGGUGAAGAAGAUGAAGAAGAUGAAGAGGAAGAAGAGGGAAAUUAUUGCAUUCACUGUGAUCAAACCAAAAUUGUCCGCAGAAAACCGCGGGACAUGCGCGUGCAUUAUGGCCUUAUUGCAUCUGGCAACCUGGUGGUCAAAGAUGCGCCGUUUCGGGACAAGAUCAACAAGACACUUGGUGGAAAAGUUCUCUGCUUUGAGAUGGAGGCGGCAGGUCUGAUGAAUGACUUUCCAUGCCUUGUUAUCCGAGGUAUCUGUGACUACGCAGACGCGCAUAAGAACAAGAACUGGCAGGAACAUGCAGCGGCUGUUGCAGCAGCAUUUGCCAAGGAGCUUCUCUUGUUGGUACCAGCGCAGGAGGUGGGCCAAAUGCCUACAAUCAAACUUAACGCAAAGAAUGUAUUCAGUCUUCAGUGCUAA